AUGAGCGUCGCCGCGGCCAGUGGUGCCGUAAGCACGCAACAACAUUAUCCAAAUCAAGAACAAAUUCGUCUUGCACAAUUAAUUGAUGAUAAAAAACAUGAUCAACCUGAAAUACAAGACAUUGUUCGAAAAGUUCUUGAUGUUGUUGCGAAUUCCAGUCAAGAAGAUGCUCUAGUAGCUCUAUUCGAUUGUGAUUAUGAUUAUGAACGAACGGUUGCAUUACUUAUUGAAAAAGGUACUGAAAUAUCAAGUGAAUGGCGUACAGCAACAAAUCAUAAAGCAACUAAAAAGCAGCAACAACAACAACAAAAAAUUGCAGCAACUAAAAAUGGACAUGGAGGAGAAAUGGAUGAGAAUGCACAGCAACGAGAUGGUUCCACUUAUCGAGGAAAAUCUCGUGGUGGUGGUGGUGGUUGGUCAAGAAUUCAGCAGCAACAAAAUGGAGGCGAUUCUCAAAAUAAUACUCAACAGCAACAAAAUGAAAAUUAUGCACCACAACAAAGAUACCGUGGUGGAAGUGGCUAUCGAGGUCGGUAUCGUGGUAGUAAUAGAGGUAGUCAUCGUGGAAACGAUAGAAACUAUCAACAGUAUCAAUAUGAACAACAACCACAAGAUUCAAAUAUUGAUUCUUCAACACCGUCAGAUACAACACAAAGUUUUACUGAUGCACCAUAUAGAAAUCGACGAGGUGGUAGCAAGCAUCAACACUUUGAUCGUAGUGAUUGGAAUGGUGAAUCAUUAAAUUUUUCGAAAUCAACCAAAGAUGAGGAACAACCAGCAAAUUCAGAAAAUAAUAAUGCAUCAAAUGCUCGCUGUGGAGUUCUCGAUAGUCAAACUUCAUCAUCUGGAAUAUCGACAAUAAAUAAUGUUGCUGAACUAAACACACAACAAAAGUCGAAGAACGAAUUUGAUCCUGUAGAAGCAGCUCGUCAGAUCAAAAAUGUUAUUGGUAUUGGUCAAUCACAACAACAAAAUGUUGUACCACCUAAACCACUCAUGGAUCUUAAACCAAUCCUAUGUGAUCAACAAACAGGACAACAACAAAAAUCGAAUGUAAUGUCAUCAAAAUCAACUGGUCAAAAUUUAAAUACAAAAGUGACACCACCACCACAUCAUCAUCAUCAACAACAACAACAACAACAACAACAACAACAACCACGAAUUCCGCAUCAACCGGUGAUUUUUACUGACCGUUUUGAUGGUGGCGUAAACAAAAUCGAUGUACAGUUUGGCAAUUUGGGUGAAACAGGUGAAGAGCAACCAUCGCAUUAUGUAUCUACUUCGUCUUCAGCAGCAUCUGCAUAUUAUUCACAUUCUGAGCCCAUAACAUCAGCGACAAAACCCAAAACUGUUACAUCAUCAGGUCAGAAUCUCCAACGAUCAACAGGAUCAGGAAUACAACAUCAACCAAAUGAACAGUCUGCUUUUGUUUCACUAUCAACACAUUCUAAUACAGCUCGCUCACACGAACAACAACCAGUUCUGAAUCAACCACGUAUGAUGCCAACACAAUUGCAACAACAACAACCUUCAAUGUCCAUGAAACCUGUUCUACCAACACAAUAUGCUGUACAUCAUCCACAACAUCAAAUGAAUCCACAGAAUUUACUUCUGCCAUCUUUACUUUACCAUCAACAACAAGAGCCGGUGCCAUUAGAUAAUUCGUAUGAUCCAACAGCAUUUCAAUUGCCAUCGAUGGAUUUUAAUGCAUCUUAUUUUAUGGCAGCAGCAAUGAGUCAGCAACCACCACCACAACAACAACAACAAAAUCAACCACGUUAUCUUGUUUCACAACAACCACCACCAAAUCAACAACAACAACAACAUAUGUCAUCAAAUCGACAGCAAUCAUCAACAAAUGCACAAGCAUCAUCAUUAUCAACUUCAUCAUCAUCUGUACAACCUUCGUCAACAGCGACUACAACAUCAACAGCUCCAAAAAAAGGACCAGCUGUUCCACCUGGCAUGUUUCUUUCUACGGGACCACCAUCACAAGCAUCAUACUCGGCAGCUUAUUCAGCAGCGUAUGGAAUUCCACCAUCUGUUGGUGGACAACAACAAACAGGUGCAACAACUUAUUCAACACCCUAUGAAGCUGAACAUUUAUUUGCAAAUUCAUUUUUGCAAUUAGCUAAUGUACCACAAGCACAAUCACCAUCAGGUGCAUAUGGUUCAGUAACGCCACCAGUUCAACAACAAAAUCAAACACAUAACAAUAAUGAUAAACAAUCCAUGAAUUAUCGGACUCCAGUUAAUGAAAAUCUUUUAUUACAACAAUUUCAACAGUUCAGUAUGCAACAAUCGAACAAUCAACAGCAAGGUAUACAGACAGCACAUUCGCCAGCUCAAUUGAAUUAUUUUCUUGGACAUUCAGCUAGUGGACCACCAAGUUAUUCAGCUGGUCCACAAAUAAUGUAUGCUCAACCAGCAGCAGCUAUGUCUCAACAACAAGCUUCUAAACAACUAGGUCAACAAUAUAAUCAAACAAAUUCUUCAUCAAAUAUUGGUGGUAAUGAUGAUUAUUAUGGUCGUAGUUCAUCUUCAUCAGCAAAUAAAGAAGCACAUUAUAUGUAUACCGUAUCAGCACAACCUCAACAGAUUCCACCACAAUCGGUUGGUCAACAUCAAGGUAUGAACAAACAACAACAAGCUCAACAACAGCAACGUAAUAGUGGCAAUGUUUAUAAUAAUCAACAAAGCCAACAACGUCCAUUUUAA